AGAGCUCCUCUGCCAGCUGUUUGUUCUGAUUGAGCUUUCAUUUUAGAGGCGCCGGCGCAAUCUCGAACAAAUAUUAAUAAGUUCGACAAUAGUUGUGUAUUAACGAAUUCUACCAAAAAAUUGAGAUAAAUAGAACUUAGCAGAUAGCAACAAAAUGUCGUUCCUGGCAAGGACGCUUUUCCGAAAACUUCCAACUUUAUGCCAAAAGGCGGGUCGACAACAAAUAGCUGCUAGCCGGCUUUUACAUCAAACUGCUUCACUUCUGGCCGUCAAAGUGCAACGCCCCGCACCGGACUUUAAAGGUUUGGCCGUUGUGGGCAAUGACUUUCAAGAAAUAAAGCUUGCGGACUUCAGAGGAAAAUACCUAGUUUUAUUUUUUUACCCCUUGGACUUUACUUUCGUUUGCCCUACUGAAAUUAUUGCAUUUAGUGAACGCAUCGAAGAAUUUAAGAAAUUAAAUGCUGAGGUAGUUGGGGUAUCUGUGGACUCACAUUUCAGUCAUUUGGUUUGGUGCAACUCCGAUCGUAAAGAUGGUGGGCUUGGUGGCCUAAGUUACCCUCUUCUUUCUGAUUUAACAAAAAAGAUUUCUAGUGAUUAUGACGUUCUAUUAGAUAAUGAAGGUAUUUCUUUACGUGGCACUUUUAUUAUUGAUCCCAACGGUAUCGUGCGUCAAUAUUCUAUAAAUGAUUUACCAGUUGGCCGUUCAGUGGACGAAGUACUACGCCUCAUAAAGGCAUUCCAAUUUGUCGAUGAACACGGUGAGGUUUGUCCAGCAAAUUGGCACCCAGAUAAGAACCCAGACACAAUCAAGCCAGACGUAGCUGAUUCGAAGGAAUAUUUCAAAAAGCACGGAUAAAUAUAAUUUUUUUUUCAUCGAUUAAAAUUCACUACUGCAAUUUAUAAUUGUGUAGUCAGGCGAAACAAAAAAAAAUUAAAGAUGUAUGAAGUCCUGUACAGCUAAGUUGAGCAUAGCUUUAUUUGGUGAAUAAAAUAAACUUAGUAAAACUA